AUGUCGCGCACGCCUACCACCAGCAAGACUCGGAAGCACUCGAGUAAAAGCCCAGACAAGGGUGCGCAAGAACAAGAAGCUCAAAAACCUCCAGAAGCAGCCGCUGAUUCCAACGCGGCGCUGCCUUCCUCCUCCCCAGCCGUCCAAGAUGAACCGAAGCCUCCUGCGGCUGAAGCUGUUGACAGCAUGAAGCUCUGCUCUGGUGCAGAGCGGUCGGUGGAGUUCCCUCUUGCGCGCAGCUCCAACAUGACAAGCUGGAAUGAAAGCCUCUACCACACGAAGUGCAAGGGGGCAUUCCUGGCGACUGUGGUGACCAGCACAGUGAUUCUGAUGGGUUCCGCGCUGGUGUUGGUGGGCAUCGUGCUCGGAACGACGUUGCCGGACGUCCAACGCAGUUGCCCGCCGCCCGACAAGCCUCUCGCUGAGGGCACCGUUCUGCUGGCUACGAAGGGAGGCCGUCUAGUCGGCCGCACGGUUACCGUGGAUGGCGUGGCCCUAACGCGCUUCCUGGGCGUCCCGUUCGCCCAGAGCACGGCAGGCAUUCGCCGGUUCUUGGUGCCGCUGCCUAUGGCUCCCCCUCAAAAUCCGUGCGAGGUGCGGGAAUACCUCGAGCCGGGGCCGCCGUGCGCCCAGUGGAGCAACGGCAGCGUGCUCGGCUCCGAAGACUGCCUGCACGCGAACGUCUGGACGCCGGCCACCGCAAUCGGAGACAAUGGCAAUGGCGGAGGCCGGGCGCUCGUGGUGGCUGUCUCCGGAAGCUGGUUCGAGGCAGGCUCCAACGACGACCCCGACUGGCCACAACUGGCUGCCAAGGGAAACGUGGUCGUGGUGGCACCAAACCAUCGGCAAGGCGUGUUGGGCUUUUUGCACCCGUCUCCGGUGACCGGCGUUGUUCAAGACCCGGCCGUCGACGACGUCGUGUUCGCCGUGCAGUGGGCGAUCGACAACGCCAAGUUCUUCGGCGCCGACCCAAAGCAACUGGUGCUGGUAGGCCGUGGGUCCGGUGCCUACCUACUGUCGAUGGCUUCCAGCAGCAUGCCCAACGGCACGGCGCUCCGGGCAUUCUACCAUGGCAUUGUCUAUGGAUCACUGCUCCCACUCGAUCCGAAGGACAAGAACGAGCCAUACCGCAGCCUGGCAUGGGCGCUUCGUUGCAACGACACCGCGGACAAAGCCGCGAACGUAUCGGCGUGGGUGCCCUGCUUUCGCGCCGCGUCCGUCGACGACCUGGUGCGGGCUGCGCGAGGCUUUUCUGAUUUCCCGCUGCGAUUCGCCCCACGCGUCGACAUUACAUUGCUGCUGAUGAAUCCUGCUGCCCGGACGAGCAUGGUGAUCGCUGGAUUGGACAUGGCCGACUUGCGGGACUUCUUUACGCAGCGGAUCUUACCGCUUGCGCAGCGCGAUGGAAACGCUUCGACGCCGGAGGCACUUCUCGACUACACGCUGAACGUGUUCAACGUGCCGCCCAUUGAGAAGUCUCUGCUCAAGAACCGGUACAAAAUCACCAACGUGGAAGGGUUGGUGCGAAAACUUCCGUGCUCGACGCAUCGCGUAGCCAAAGCUGCGGUCGAGGGCUACCACUACCUCUUCGACUCGGCCAUGUCCAGCGGGCUCCUGCAACCACCCAUGGGCAUCUCGCAGUUGGCGCAGUUCGUUAGCCUCGGCACUGCUCCCCCACUGGUCGACAGCAGCCCGUGGCUACCUUUGAGCAAGCUCAACAAGACGCGCCUCAUCAGCAAGGACGGUCACGAGAACUUCACCAACUUGGACGACGAGUGCGCGGUUUAA